AUGGAGACCCGCACGUCAAUCGAGGAUUACGAAUCGUCGGAGGUCCAACCUCUCCCUGUGAAUCCGCUGCUACUAGAAGUAUUACGAAGUCAAUCAGGAGCCUCAGCAAAGGGUGAUAACUACGCAGCCUCUGUAAUAGUGGAACGUGAAACGAACAGUGGAAUUGAUCUUGAGGUGCCGGACAACCUUAUUGGGUUUGUGCUGGGUCCAGGAGCUAAGACAAUAAAAUAA